AUGGAAGAUUAUGACCUCAAGUGUGCCCAGCUCGUCUCAGACAAUGAACCAUAUCAGAUCAGCACUCUUACCUGCGGUGUCUCAUUUGUCGCGAAUGACAAUGUUUUCGCUCUAACAUCUGCUCAUGCAUUCGAGGACAAUGACAACGAGAAAAGCGAUAAGUGUGCCUUGAACCACGUUGACUCUACCUCCGAUGAUGGUGGUUUAGAGAGCGAUGAUACAAGCGCUCUCGAAGACUAUGACUGGGGCGAGCUUGAAGUGGCGAAGGAGAUGAAACAAUACAUCCCCAGUGAUUUAUACAACCCAGCGCAUUCCAAACCGGAGUUCGAAAGACACGCCGGCUACUCUAUAUUCACGCCCAGCCAGGUUCUGGGAAGAUCAAACGAUCCGAAAUGGGCAAGUGAGCCAAAUCUUGACUGGGCUUUAGUGGAAAUGCCAUUUUCACGUAUAGAUGUCGAGUUCAACUCUCAUGUGCCACUUAAACUACCCGAGAAACCAACUCCCGUCCAUGUCGCUACUCCUUCUAGAGAUCUUAUGGGCACCAUAUCAAGCAUCCCCUCAUACAUCUCCGGCUCUAGAGAUUUCACAACCUUGACCCAGAUAUGGACAGUUACCCUUGACGGCCACAGGGAAGGAUAUUUACGCAAAGGUGAUAGUGGCUCGCCAGUACUUGGAUUUGGGUAUAUGCAAGUAUAUGGCUACAUUACUGCACUCAAUUCCUUUGGCGAGGUCCACGUGAUGCCGCUCCAAGCGGUGUUAGUCCAGAUAUGGAAGAUGGUACAGCCACGCUCAAAAUAUUCAAAGCCAAGGAUCCUCGCCGAUCAGAGAUCGUCUGUUUCAGUCCUGGCGAAAAGAAGUGGCAGCGGUGCCGGACACUGA